GAAAUCCGGUCUAAUCUGAACCGGCCGAACCGAUUUGAUACAGCUUCCAUAAAAAUAAACGAGUGGAGAUGGAAGACGGAGUGAAGACCACUCAGGAGAGAUGGAGCAGAGUAGAGCCCCUGAGGCUCUGUUCUCUGACCGGGUAAAAAUCAACGGCGUUGUGACGCUGAUGACUCUCACCGUCAACGGUCAACUCCGGUGGUCAGAUCGUUGCCUGGUUGUGGAGAAAGAGAUUCUCGGAUUUGUAGUGAAUGGCUCAAAAAUUAAAAUUAGGACAAUUGUUGAAACGGGAGCUGGAAUCUGCUGUGGAGGCAACAAAGGCGCUCUUGUGAGGAAAAAUUUCACUUUUGAGCCGUUAUCCGAUGAUCUCCUUCGGCUUUGGUGUGACAAUCUCCAAAACUACAUUGAUUCUCUCGGUCGGCCUAAGAGGCUAUUUGUGCUUGUAAAUCCAUAUGGAGGGAAGAGAUCUGCUUCAAAAAUUUUUCUUGAUUUUGUAAAGCCACUUCUGGAGGAUGCCAAUAUCGAAAUCACAGUGCAAGAAACUCAGUACCGGCUACAUGCCAAGGAAAUUGCUCUCUCGUUGGAGCUACCAAAGUAUGACGGAAUUGUCUGUGUGAGUGGGGAUGGAAUUUUAGUUGAGGUAAUAAAUGGACUGCUUGAAAGGGGGGAUUGGAAAACUGCAAUAACCAUGCCUCUUGGGGUAGUGCCUGCAGGAACUGGAAAUGGAAUGGCAAAGUCGUUACUGGAUUCAGCCAGUGAACCUUGCACACCAGCUAAUGCUGUUCUUUCUAUAAUUCAAGGGCAUAGGCGUUCACUCGAUGUGGCUACCAUUUCCCAGGGGCAGACCAAAUUUUUCAGUGUGCUGAUGCUCGCUUGGGGUCUGGUGGGUGAUAUUGACAUUGAAUCUGAGAAAUACAGAUGGAUGGGUAGUGCCCGCAUUGACUUUUAUGCCAUUCAGCGAAUAUUUUGUCUGAGGAAGUACAAUGGUUGCAUAAAGUUUGUCCCUGCACCAGGAUAUGAGGCUUGUGGAGAAGUUACCAGCAUAGAAUGUGAAUCUACUGGUGAAGUCAUUCCCAGUGAAGAUGGAACUGAUAAGUUGCUCAUCAAUGGUCAGCAAAAUGGCUAUCAAGGUGCUGAUAUUGACAUGAAGAACCUAAACUGGCGGAAGGUUGAUGGACCUUUUGUUUCAAUCUGGCUUCAUAAUGUACCUUGGGGAGGGGAAGACACCAUGGCCGCUCCUGAUGCUAAGUUUUCAGAUGGUUAUCUGGACUUGAUUAUGGUAAAAGACUGCACCCGGUUGGGGUUGCUAAGAUUGAUGACUGAACUGAAUAAUGGUGGUCAUGUUAAAUCGCCACACGUCCAGUACCUUAAGGUGAAGGCUUUCAUUUUGGAGCCUGGUCCGCGAAAUGAUGAUCCAUCCAAGGAAGGGAUCAUAGACGUAGAUGGAGAGCUUCUGGCCAGCGGAAAAGGAACGUACAGAUGUGACCAGAAGACCCUGUUGGCUUAUGAAAAACUCCACAUCAAUGUGGAGCAAGGAUUGGCUACAUUGUUUUGUCCUAUUUAGAAGUCAAUUUUUCUUUCAAUCGAUUGGGUUUCCAAAUGCAGGCUUUACAUUACAUAUAUUGCACAAGAUAGCUGUGUUUCUCACUCGACCCCAUGUAUACAACCGGUGGCGGAGCCACGUAUAGUUGUGGGUGGGCAGUUGUGCCCCCUCAACUUUGGUAAAAUCACAAAAUAGCCUUAGAAGUUUUGAGAAGUUUUCAAUCACAUUAUAUUUGUCCCCCCUUAAAUUUUGUGAAAUUACCUUUGAUAGUUUCAUUGCUCC